AUGGCGUUCUUGAGCGGCUCCGCGUGCAGCACGCCUGAGCAUAUGACUGAAUAUGAUUCGCCUUUUGUUGGCCAGCUCAGCUUCUGGCAUUUUAAUAUGAUAUUGUCCGGUGCCUGCACAGCGAUUGUCGUGAUUUUGAUGGUCAGUUUGAUGUGCGAGCAUGCAUGUCAUCUCAGCAACCCGAAUCAACAGCUCAAAAUUAUGCGAAUCUGCCAUAUGCUUCCAUCCUACGCCAUUCUCUCGUUUGUUCCCAUCUGUUUUCCUAGCAGCUAUGUCUACCUCAAUGGGUGGACAGAAGUCUGGCAGGCAGUCGCCCUUUAUGCUUUCUUCUUGCUUCUCGUUGAGUUCCUCGCACCGACUGCUGAGGAGAAGUUCUCGUUUUUUGGGUCCCUGAAGGUCAAGAAGAUGUUUAAAAAAGGCAAAUACAGAGAGGGCGUCUCCUUCCUAAAGCUCACCUAUUACUGCGUGAUGCAGUACCCACUCGUUGUGUGUAUCUGUGCUAUCGCUCAGUGUGUCACGCAGUCCUUCAACCGAUAUUGCCUUGCUUCUGAUUCGCCAGAGUAUGCUCAUAUCUGGAUCGAAGUCAUCUCGAAUAUUUCCGUUACGGUGGCCAUUAAUUCUAUUCUCAGAUUCUACCAACAUACAAAAGACUACAUGAAAGAAAGGCACCCCCUGAGGAAACUUCUGGCCUUCAAACUCAUGGUCGGUUUGAUCUUUCUUGAAUCAGUUGCCUUCAUGAUUCUUGAGUCAACCAACCUUCUCCACCAAACAUCAUCAAUUAGUUACGCAGACAUCCACAUUGGACUGCCCAACAUGAUCAUUUGUGUCCAAAUGGUGCCAUUUUCAUUCCUUAUCCGAUGGGCCUAUAGCACCAAGGAGUACAAAUUGAACAGCAACAGCAACAACUACAAACUAGCCAACGAUUCUCUCGAGAUGCAAGAUGAGUACGGAGAAUUAAUCACGGAAGCAAACAGACAAAACAGAACCUUCCAGGGAUCCUACCAGGGUGGGCGCUUUGGAAUCCAGGCGUGGGCCGCCUACUUGAACCCGCUGGAAAUGGUUCAGGACAGCAUUCACAUGGGCAAGCUACUACGCACAGUGCAUGUUCGGAAGCAGACCAUUGACCACUAG